AUGGAUCACCUUUUGGUGUUUAGCCCUCAUGGUUAUGCUCACGUUGAUCAAGUGAAGAGAAGGAAUCUCGAAGCCAAACGCUUUAAGUGCAACUUUCCUUGUUAUGCCAAAGACACCAAGGUAUACCGAGUUUACGACCUGGAGAAAGACGAGGUAUCAGUAUCACGGUCGACGAAGCUGAACGAGCGUGAAGUAGGCGGCAUUUAUGAGAUGCACCCGCCCAAACAAAAAGAAUUGAUACGUGUGAUUGAGACAAACGAUGAAAGCGUAGUGUUCGGGCCGACAAAAUACCAACAAGAUCAAGAUGAGUCUAUGGAGUGUGAAGAAGAAGAAGAGAUUCCAAAUGCCUCAUUGGAUGAGGAAGAGCCCGACAAAAGUGAAUCAAGGGUUGAGGUUCUUCAAUUACCGCCAUCAGUACGCUCUGAACUGACUGAAUACAGAACUCCUACACUGAUGCACAGGAAAAUCGACUGGUAA